CAACAGAUGUGUUCCUCCAAGUUUAUCAGCUACACCGUUGUUUCAUCCUCAUAAAGACAUUACGCGACCAAUGAACACGAAGCAUGAAUCGAGAUUACACUUCAUUCUAUAAUUGUACACAAAAUAUAGACUGAAUUAUCUAUUAUCUAACAUCAUCUUAAGAAGAUUUAUUUUCUCACGAAAAGAAGUAUCAUACUUUUAAAAUAGUGUGUAGCUUUUGAACAAGUUGACUUCGCUCACUUCCCUAUGAGAUUAAAUGAACAAAGUAACCUCGGGGGAGAAACUGAUAGAACAGGAGUUACAUUGACACCACUCUGAAGUCAGAUUACGAGUAAUUAUGUGCAAAACUUUCGGAUCAUUCCCCGCUGUCUCCAACCAUCCCAAAAUGUUUCUGGGGUUUUACUUGCCGGAUUCUUCUAUAUAUUUUCACAGAACUAACAUUAACGUCUUAUUUGGGCUGGUGUUUAUCUGUGAUUCAAAGCCAGGUCCUUGCAGUUGUUCAAUUCAAUGAGGUACCGCGCCGCUUUGGGCUCUGUUUUACUGCUGUUUCAUUCCAUACUUGUUUUUCCUUAAGUCGAAAUGAUAUGCCAGGGAAUCGAAAUCACAUGUUUGUAGGAAUCAAACUACCGAGACUGAUGAUUCCCAUGUACUUAUGUUUAAAACCAUUUAAUAGCACAUGGAUAUAGAUAUACGUUUGGACCUGGUAAUCAAAAGCCGUGCUCAGUAUAACAUACAGUCUGCCCAGUUGACCGUGCAUUCAUAAAAGAAAUCAUGCUUGAGGGCGACAAUUGCAGCCCUACAAUUCAAAGCAGGAAUGACACAACAUCGACUGCACAUUAAAUAUAACAUGGAAAAGAAACCUACUAAUUCUGCCCCCAUUACCAUUAUAAUCAAUAUCAAGUUAGCCUGAGCGUUUAACCCAAGCUAUCCCUGCGAGGCCCUAGUCAAAUCAGAAAUAGAUGGGGGAGGGUAAGUUAGGAACUGAAAGAUUUGACAAUUUUUGUAAGAAAGUUCCCGUUGCUGGCCUUCCGCUCAGCUUGUACCCGCCCUUAUUCUUUCGGAUUCACCUGACUUUAAUCUCCCCUUCAGCGGGUUAUUUCAUUCUCAUCUUUCACGUUUGAUAGUGCAAAUACGAGGAUGACAUCAGCCGGUCGGCUAGCUGUGGUUCUGCAUUAUAAAAAUCCAUCUGGAAAAACCUGUUCUUCAGAUUAACAAAUAAAUAAAUAAAGACAAGCACCCUGAUGUGCGAUGGCUGGGAUCCCACUGGGUGUGGUUAGCGAGCACAGGCGACCCGGGGGAGGUAAAGCUCUCCAGCAAUCACACCCACCCUAACUUGGUGGGCAUCCCACCCAGAUCGCUGAGGACUCCGCCAAACCCACUCAGUGCAAAGCCCCCGUCAGCAUUUCUCCACUGUCACCAGCGGGCUUUGACGCAAAUUACACGGCUUUCCAGCACCCGAUCGCAUCCUUUGUGAACAGAUCGCUGAAAGAAAAGCAUUCUCCCCCCACCUAAAGCGUGCUGUUUUGAUGGCCCUGCGCACUGGGACGACUUGGUUUGGUCAGGUCUUGCGCAGAGUUAGAUUGCAGGGAUCCUGGUCCCGGCGAUCGAGCAGCUUGCUUUGCUUGUCCGCCCCCGAGAAAGCCAUCGACGAGGACCAGUACAUCGCGGAUAACUUAACCAGCCGCUGCCGGGAUCCUGGCUGCUGUACCCGGGCUUUCUCGGUGGACCUCGCCCGUUUGGAGAAUAGCAGGGAGAGCGGACAUGAGCCGCUCACAAGCCGCUUUUUGGAGGCCAUGAAGCGGCAGAACGUGCGAACUCUAUCCUUGAUCAUCUGCACGUUCACUUACCUGCUGGUGGGAGCCGCUGUCUUCGAUGCCCUCGAGUCCGAGUUUGAAAUGGAGCAGGGUGGAAAGCUGAAAGAACAGCAGAUCGGGCUCAAGGGCAAGUAUAACAUUAGCGAUGAAGAUUACAAGCAACUGGAAGUGAUCAUCAUGCAAGCGGAGCCCCACAGAGCAGGAGUUCAAUGGAAAUUCGCCGGUUCCUUUUAUUUUGCUAUUACAGUGAUCACUACUAUAGGAUAUGGCCAUGCCGCUCCAGACACUGAUGCAGGUAAAGCUUUUUGCAUGUUUUAUGCUGUGCUGGGAAUACCACUGACCCUAGUUAUGUUCCAGAGUCUGGGAGAACGGAUGAACACAUUUGUCAAAUACCUUUUGAAAAGAAUAAAGAAAUGCCUCGGCAUGAAAAGCACAGACGUGUCUAUGGAGAACAUGGUGACCGUGGGAUUCUUCUCUUGCAUGGGCACCCUGUGCAUUGGAGCAGCUGCCUUUGCACAUUAUGAAGACUGGAACUUUUUUCAUGCAUAUUACUACUGCUUCAUCACAUUGACUACAAUAGGGUUUGGAGAUUUUGUGGCCCUCCAAAAAGAUAAGGCUCUGCAGAAAAGACCACUGUAUGUAGCCUUUAGCUUUAUGUAUAUUUUAGUGGGUUUGACGGUUAUUGGAGCUUUCCUCAACCUGGUGGUUCUCAGGUUUUUGACCAUGAACAGUGAAGAUGAGCGACGGGAUGCCGAAGAGAGAGCUUCUUUGGCAGGGAAUAGGAACAGCAUGAUCAUUCACAUCCAGGAGGAUCCCCAACAGGGCCGUCAGCGGUACAAAACCGAGGUGACAGAUUUGCAGUCUGUUUGUUCCUGCAUGUGCUACAGGUCUCACGAGUACACCAAUCAGGUGGUAUCGCACCAGAAUUCGUUCAGCUCCCAACUUAAUCCUCAGUACUUUCACUCUGUAUCUUACAAGAUAGAAGAGAUUUCACCAAGCACAUUGAAGAACAGUCUGUUCCCAUCCCCCGUGAGCUCUGUGUCACCGGGUUUACACAGCUUCAACGAGAACCACAGGCUCAUGAGAAGGAGAAAGUCUAUUUGAAAUAUUUUUUGAUUUGUUUUUGAGCGUGCUGGAGAAGAUGAGGAAAAUACAGUCAUCUUUCUCUGGGACUCAGAAACCAAGCAUGAAGCAUGGUUAAUAAAAGCUCUACAUCAGCGACAAUAUGCCUUACUGACGGCAAAUGGAAUUUUAGGAACAAGCAAAAUGCUGGGCAUCCAUUGGAACUACUUAAGCAAGAGGACUGGUAUUAUUGGCAGUAUUCUGCUUGGAAGUGAUUGUAAAUUGUUAGAAUGAGGAAGUGUUAUUGGUGAAAGUGGGGAUGUGUGUGGCAUACAAUGCAUCAGGUAUUAAUUUUGUAUAAUCAUUUAACAGAGUUUCAAAUCUGACAAACAGAAGAACCCAAAUCCUAUUGCCAAAACAGCAUGCGCAUUAGUAAAUGAAGCAGUUGGUAUACUGGAUGUGCCAUUGUACUUUCAACAGCUGGCUCUUUAUUACUGGAUUGUAAAAUGCUGAAAGAUAAUUUUAGCAUGCCAGUUUAACUGCAUGCGCUUUGUACAACUGGUAUGCAUUAUAACUUACCUGAGAACAUAAAUUAAUUAGCAACAAAAUUAAUAAAACGAUUCAUAUUUAUUGAUUUAUGAAUAGUAUUUAUGCUUUUGCAGCAAUUCUGGCCAUUUGUUCUUUCUUGGCUUCUGUGGUUAUUUUGACAGAGGGAAGAAGAGUUAAAAAUGAAUGGCUAGGUUGCAUUUCAUAACUUAAGUGCAGUUAUAAUUGGCAUGACAUGGAAUUAGUUUGUGAAUGCCUGGAUAAGGACAAUAAGUCUAGAAAAUCAGCAACAAAAAAGAUUUUCCUCUUCAGAAGAUCUAACAGUUUAAGUGAUUUUAACUGUUAUUUCCAAAACCAUUUUUUUUUUUGCUGUUCUAUGACAUAAUUCAAGUGAUAGGAAGCUGUAACAAAAUGUUUACAACUCAAGGAAGCUUUUAUGCUCAUGUACAAAAUGUAAUUAAUGGGGUUGCUUCUUUUUUGUAAUGAUUGCACUAACAUGUAUAUAUUUUACAUUGUCUUUACAAUUACUGCAGUGUUGUAAAAUAAUGCACUUUUCUAUAUUUUUCAUUAAAAUAUGGCACGUUUCAAAAUGUACAUUGUUGCUUUUAUAACGAAUGUACAUGGUUAGGGGAAAAUCAUGUAAAUUUGUAUCACAGAAGCUAACUUCAGUGGUCGUAUUUUGUACAGAAGUACAGACAUCUAUAGAGAUUUAUGAAUACAUAAUAUAUUCAAAUUUGAAUGAAAAUGUACAGAGAAGAUUUGACGAAUGAAUUUACGUAUAAAGAGAUGUUAUAAAUGCCAAAUAUUUUGCAUGCAAUAAAAAUUACAUUUUUGACAACUCUUAUGUGCAAAGUGACAUUCACAACAUUUUCCAAAUCAGACUUAUAGUUAAUUAAAAAAAUUACUUACUAUGCUGGACAAAUACACAUGUUGGUAACAAUAACCUGUUCCCAUGCCGAACCCACCCUUCUAUGCAAUAUAGUAGCAGCAUUGGUGUCACCAAAUGAAACCAGUCUAGAGAGAUGAAUAUUUAAAAUUAUUAAUGCGUUACAUAAUGUUUUUGUUUAAUUGUUUAACAAUGGGUGACUAGUGACAGCUGGUUUUAGAGAAAAUCUGCAUUUUCUUCUCAACCUGAGUGCAAUAACAUAAUACAAUCAAUAUGGGCCUCACAGUGAAGUCAAAGUGAAUCUCUGUUAGCUUCAUUUACACAAAGGAUUGAUUGCAAUUAAAUUUCUAAGCUUAUUGUAACAUACAUAGAUUGUCGUACACUUAUAGUUCAUGAUAAUGGCCUAAAGAUAUCAAGUCACAUUUCUUAAUCUAAUCAGCCACCAUAUACUACAUCAAAGAUUUCUUUCAUAAAAGAUUUAAAAUUAUGAACUUCAGAUGGUACUAUACACCUUUCUAUUAUUUACUGCUGUCUGUGCUUCAAUAACUUAACCCUAUAUUAUUCCUUUGAUGGCCCAAUGUAUAGCUGAGCCCUAUUGGACAAGAAGCUUCAAAUCAUUCUGAAAGAUUAUGAAAUAUUAUCCACAAAUCUAUCUCUCAUCUCUAUCACUCAUUUCCUUCGCUAGUACCUGGUCAAAUGAGUUUAAAGAAACCACAUCCUUCUAUUUCAUAACUUCCCUAUCCUGUAUGUAAAAUAAUUUCAUUUAAAAAUGUAUCUUCAUCUUUCCCAUUUUGAGCUAAACAUUUUUGGCAUUUGUGAUGUUAGUGGUUGAAUAUCUGACUGUCUAAUACUUCUGUCUGCUAUUUUAAUGGAGGCAUUAAACAGUUAAAAUGAAUUUGUUAACACCCCUGUUAAAAUUUCCUGAUAGUGAACACAAUCAUCACUAGUCAAUGAAGAUGGAAUGGUCA